CAAUGAUAUUCAAUACACGCACGAAACUGAGAAAGCUGAUUUCAUUAUUGAUUCUGGAUAUGAAGCGCCAUUAGAUAAAAAAAGCGACAUGCUUAACUUGUUGAACGAAAAGAACGCUGCCCUGUCCGCGUUAGAAAGCUCCAUCAACUCCCUGCAAGAUGAGCUGAAAGACAAAGUGGAGCGCUUGGCCACCGCUGAAGAGGAGAUUCGCAAAUUAUCUGAAAAGGUGACGGAACUAAACUCAAAGGCAGAGGAAGCUUCACUGCACAGUUCCCAGUUGGAGAGAGAACGGACCGAAACACGCGAUGCGGCAGCGGAAAUCUUGCGUCUGAAAGAGAAAGUCGAUGACCUGGAAGCUAAAUUGACGGAAGCAACCAAAGAACGCGGAAAUUUAGAGCAAGAAAAGGAGGCGCAAAAAGCUGCUUGGGAGGAGGAAAAGCAGAGCUUUCAGGCUCGAGUAACCGUUCUCGAAGAUGAAAUGAAGGAAAAUAGUUUGUCACUCAAAAAUUUGGAAGCAGAAUAUGCACAAAAUUUAAUUGCGGAGAAAGAGAAAACGGAUUCCAUGACUUCUCAGACGGAGAAGGAGGCGGCUGAGGCGGCUAAGAGGAUCCAAUCUCUAGAAGCCGAGUUGAUUAAGGCACACAGCGAAGCUGCGACGGCCCGCCAGAGCUUAGAGGAGCAGCUCAAGACGAAACAAAAAGAAGUGACCGAUACAAAAGCCAAGCUUCGGCGCACUGUGAGGACUAAGUACUCGUUUCGAACCUUGUCUUCUGACUUUGUCGCGUGGUUCAACAAAAAGUGGAAGCGUUUGUAA